AUGCGGAUCUGUUUCCAGAGGUUCUCUUCCGAGGACAACGACCUCUACCGUGGACAGGUGCACGAGGUACUGACCCACCUUUGCUAUGUUCCUGUCUCCGAGGACAAGGCCACAGCCAUUGCCAAGGAUACCAAUGAGUUCUCGACCUUGGACUUCCAAGAUUUCUGCGAUUUCGUGGAGCGCUACAUGCAGUACGAGCGGGAGGUUGUGCGUGUGAAGUUGGAGGAGUGGACAGCGCGGGAGAAGGACGAGGAUGAUUCCGCUCCCGAUCCCAUUGCCGAAGUCCGCGGCUUCCUGAAGUCCUUGGGCAUCGUUUGUCUGAAGGACGUGGCCGAGGAGAUCAUUACACUGGGCGGCCUGAGUGGUCACAGCUGCGCCCGCCCAGAGGAGCUCCUGCGGUGCCUCGCAGCAUAUCGAGCCCGUGAAGGCUUCACGAAAGCCGAGAUCGAUCGGAUCCAGGAGGCUUUCCUCAGCUUGGAGGCAGAGCCACAGCCGAAGACUGCGGCUGACAUGCGGUCAGAAAGGCACAUCAAAGCCGGACAACUUUGCAUAGGUCUUCUGAAGAUCGCUGGGCUAUAUUGUGCUGAACAUCUCAGGGAGCUCCUGGACAGGAUGGAAGAAACCAUUGAGGGCGAAAAAAUCACGCCCUUUUGCUUCUACGAGUUCCUGGUCUGCGCCCGUCGCCUUCGAGAUGCGAUGCUCCUGACGGCUUCCGAAGAGUUCGACAACGUGGACGCCGACGAGGACGGCAUCGUCGAAGCGGAGGAGCUCCGGGAGUUCUGCAAGCCUCUGGGCUUCGCGUUGUCGGGGGAGGAGUGGGAGGAGCUGGUGGAGGAGCAGAGCUUGGGGGAUGAGGACGUGGAGUUCCAGGAUGCCUGGAACUUCCUCCAGGCGGUGCAGAAACGGAACGGCUUCACCCUCGACGAGCAGCAGGAGCUCUCGGAAGCCUUUGACCGCUUCUCCGACAAGUCAGGCGAGCUUGAGAACCUGAAGGUCAAGGACCUGCUCACUUACCUUGGCUUCGAGACAGGUGUAGAUGAUGUCCAAGACAUGGUCAGUCGAGUGGACUUCAAUGGCAGCAAGACAAUGGACCGGCAUGAGUUCUUGCGGCUGAUGCGACUCCAAAGGGAAGUAACAUUGGCAUCCUACACGGCCACGUACGCCCGAAAUCGUUUGUUUGCCCGGGGUGGGGCGCCACCAAACGAAAUUGAGCGCGUUCUGGUUGCAACCAAGCUACAUCCCAACGUCCACAUUCUGGACCAAGCGCUCAGCCUGGUUGAGGAAUCCGGAGAGUAUGAUCGUGAGUCCACUCAGUCGCUGCAGUUUGAAGGCUUCUUGAAAGUGGCCGACUACUGUCGCAAGACGAUACCGAUCUACAACAGGAGGCAUGCCAACUUCCAACUGGAUCAGAUCGACGAUCUUCGCAAGUCUUUCGAAUCACAAGAUGUGGAGAAGAAGGGCCACAUAUCCAUCGGAUCCUUCUUGUCGCUCUUGGCCGACACGAGCUUAGCCGUUAACACCGUGGCUGGUCGAGCCCGGAUGUAUGAGCAGCUGGAGAGAUCCCGUGAGGCUGCCUUCGAUGCCGGCGUCAGCAAGGAGGAGGUCGGGAACCCCAACACCCCGCGGGUGCGCUUCCUGCCUAUGAUCCAUUUCGUUCGCGAGACCGUCAAGAUUCAUGACGAUGCGGUCUUCGAGAGGGAGGAUGCGGCCUUGAAGGAAGUGACCUUCUCCAAGGAAGAGGUGCAGCAGUUCCGCGACCUCUUUGCGGCUUUGGUGAAGCAGCACCAGGCCGAGGAGUCAUCAAAGCCCGUGUCGCCAGAGCGACCUACCGCUGGGCGACGUAUGUCGGCUGUCCAAGCUGCACAAGUCUUGGCAGAGGCAGAAGAGGCACUGCGCGAGCAGAGGUUAAAGGAAUUGACCUUGGGCUCCGUGAUCAAGAGACUGACAAAGGUUGAUCGUGUUCCGGCAUCCGACAUCAUCAAGAUGGUGACGAAGAUGGGAAUUCAGGUCACAGGCAUCAUUCGGCAGCAGCUCUUCGAGAGGUGUUUGAAUUACUCCGACAAGCCGGAUCAAGGAAUGGACUUUGCAGGAUUCCUGCAGCUCAUGCAAUGGAUGGUCGGUACGAACUUUGGCAACAUUCUCUCCGCUGCAGAGAAGACGGUGAAGUCGGAAGGUCUCCGAUCGGAUGGCACCAGUGCCGCAGCCGUACCGGGGCCCCCCUCCGGCAAAUUCGGCCACAUGAUGAGUGCCAACGUUCGCUCCAGGCUAGCAGAGACGGUUUUGGGAUGCUUUUUUGAUGCUCUUUGCGAGUGUACUGCAGGAAAUACCUUGGCUGAGCCAGCGAAGGUGUCCGGAUCCGGAGGAACAGGGACUGUGCAGGUCAGGGAAUUUCACAAGCUCAGGCUUUUAUCGAUGGAAGCAGUUAAUGCCUGA